CUCUGAUCCGGUGUAUCAAAUAUUUCGUAUAUAUAUCCAAAAAAAUUUUACAAAAACCAAAUUUUCAUCAAAAUGGCUUGUAAGAACUUGUACAUCGUAAUUUCCUUAUUGAUGCUUAUUAUAUCGCACUCAAAUUGUAUUUCACCAGGAUGUAAAUUUUUGGAAGAAGAGGAACAAUGGGAAUGCUAUUCAAUAAGUGUUAAGUCUCCUGAUCCGGAAUUAGCGAAACUAAAUUCAACUGAAGUUUUCAGUUUAGCUUUAUAUAACGUUAAUGGAAAUAUGAGUUCAGACCUGUUAACAAAUUUCACUAGUUUAAAGGUACUCUUAUUAUUGGAAGAUGAAUUCAAAUCUUUUAAAUUAAAAUCAAACACAAUUCAAAGUUUAUCGUUAAUAAGAAACAAAUUUCCAAAAGGAUCAAAUAUUAAAAAUUGUUGUUACAGAUUAGAAAAACUAAUACUUAAAAAUAAUACUGGUCCUAGUUUAAAACACGAAGUAUUAUCUAGUUUCAAAAGAUUGCGCAGUUUAGAUUUAAUAUCACAAAAAACGAAACAUAUAAAUAAACACAUAUUUAAGGGUCUGACCAAAUUGAAGAAACUUUCAAUAGUGAACUGUUCAACACAAAAUAUAGCCGAAGAUGCCUUUAGAGACCUUUCUCACCUCCAGGAGCUCUACAUAGAAGAUAAUAGCUUAAGAAACAUACAUCCAAAAGCAUUAGAACCAUUAAAACAGUUAACUUCGCUUAGUAUUUACGGUGAGAGCUUACCUCCCCUACCACUUAAUAUGUUUAGUGAGCAAAAGAGGUUAAUGCAAAUUGGUUUACCUACGAAUACGUGGAAAUCCAUAAAUGUUGAAAAGGUGCCAGCUAUGUUUCCCCGACUAAAUUUUUUUUCUUAUAUGGGUGGAUGGAAAACGGAAGAAGACAAACAAAAUACAAAGUCAAAUGUUUUCACGAAAUUGACUAAGUUGUUACUGAAAAGAGAUGAAUAUGUAAACUAAAUGAUAAUGAACUCAGUAUUAAUAUAUUAAAAACAGAGGUUUAUCUUUUUUUGUGAUAGUUAGAUACGUAACAAUAAUGAAAAGUGUAAAAAAUGCAAAACAGCUUUAAACUGUUUUAUUCUAACUAAAUCAUUAGAACAAGUUACCUAUCGAUAUAUUAUGUAUUUUAAAAUUUAAAUUAUUGUAAGUUAAGUCCUAUUUAUUUUUUAUAUUUAAAUGUUUUCUUUUUAAAUUUUGUAUAUCAUUAUUUUAUUACAAUUUUCAAAUUUG